AGUUUUAUCACUAAGUUUACUUGAACUCUCUUAAAAUUAAGAAUAAUUUAAUACUCAAAUUUGAAGACAUGGCUCUAACAUCUCACGUCCAAUCAAAAUACGCUAACGGAAACCCAAACUCAGCCACACACCACAGCGCAAACCCACCCCCGUCAGGCACAGCUUGGCGCGGGCGGUGGCGCGGGCGGUCAAGCGGCGGGCUGCAGGGGCACAGAAUAGCAUUGAUGAGGAGCAUUGAGCAGGAAUGCAAAGAAAAACUAAAAAAAUAUUGCCAAGAAUUAAAUGAAGUAAAUCUAAAAAUAGAACAAGUACACGAAAAAUUAAAAGAUUUUUGUGAUAAUGGAAAACAAGAUAAAAAAUGUCAAGGUCUACAAGCCAAAGUUACGGAGAAAUGUACAAAUUUUAAAACAAAAAAGCUAGGACCAGCGUUAACAAAUCCAUCAGAUGAUAAUUGCAAAGAGAAUGAACAACAAUGCCUAUUUUUGGAGGGAGCAUGCCCUGAUCUUGUAGAGGAUUGUAACAAACUAAGGAAUAAAUGUUAUCAAAAAAAACGAGAUGAAAUAGCAGAAAAAGUUCUUUUAAGGGCACUUAGUGGAAGUCUUAAGGAAAAAGAUUCAUGUAAAAAGAAGUUUAAAGAGGUUUGCUCGUUGUUGAGCAGAGAAAGUGAUGAAUUGAUGAUGUUAUGUUUUGAUGAGGAAAAAACGUGCCAGAGUAUCAUGACUAAGGAACAAUAUAACUGCGAAUCUCUCAAAAAUGAAAUUAAAAACGUGCUAAAUAAAAAAGGCGAAUUGCAAACAAAAUGCCCAUCAUUGCUUAAGAAAUGUUACUUUUAUGAUGCGGAUUGUACUGGAGAUAAACCAAAUUGCAAAGAACUUGAGAGUAAUUGUGAAGAAAAAGGCAUAACUUAUACAAAGCCGGGUUCAGAUUUUGAGCCUAUAAGAUCAGGAAUUACAUUGGCAGAAGAAAUAGAAUUGGAAGAACUUUAUAAAAAGGCAGCAAAAAAGGGAGUUCAUAUUGGAAGACCGCCUACAAGAGAUGCUGCUGAACUUUUAUUGUUACUAAGUCAAAGCGGUGCAGGGUCUACAGUUGUAGAUAAAUGUAAAAAUACUAUUCAAGAAAAAUGCAAAAAAUUUAAAGAGCACAUUAUUUUAAAAGAUUUGUGUAAUAAUCAAAAUAUCACUGAUAAUCCAGAAGAAAAAUGCAAAGAAUUAGAUAAAGAAUUGACAACCCGUGCUUCAAUUGUUUCUAAAGAGAUUGAAAAAUAUCUUGACAUAGCUAAUGGGAAGAAAAUUAUUAGUUGGCAUAUGUUGCAUACAUUUUUUAGUGAAAGGAAGUGCACGAAACUGUUGUCAGAUUGUUUUUAUUUUGCUCAAGAUAAAGGUCCUCUUAAUAAAGAAUGUGAUAAUUUAAAGGCAGCAUGUUAUAAAAAAGGGCUUGAAGCACCAGCAAAUGAAGCAUUACAAGAUAAGUUACGGGGAAAAUUGCAAGGUUCGAAUAAAGCAUGGCAUGAAAGCCUUCAAAAGGAGAUAGUGAAAGCUUGUGAGAAAUUAAAAAAAGAGAGCGAUGAACUAUUUGUGUUGUGUCUGCAGCCAAAAAAGACUGCUUUUGUAGUUUCAACAGAUUUACGAUUUAGAGCUAUUUUUCUACGGGAACAAUUAGACGAGAAGCGAGAUUUUCCAACGGAAACAGAUUGUAAAGAAUUAGAAAAAAAGUGCAGAAUACUGGGACAAGAUUCAAAAGAAAUUAAGUGGCCAUGUCUUACAUUGAAUCAGCAUUGCGACCGUUUAAGAAUUGCAGAGCAAUUGGAGGAGAAAUUGUUAGAAGAAAAAACAAAAGACUUGGAUAAGUUCAGUUCAUGUGUAGAAAAUUUGGGAAAGUGGUGUAAUGAUUGGGCUAGAAGAGGAAGAACUCAUUUUACUCUUGCAUGUGUAGCACAGAAUACUACUUGCAAGAUUCUUACAGAAAAAGUUGGGUUUAAGUGUGCUAGGUUGCAUGAACAUAUGAAAACAAAUAAAGUUUUAGAAAAUGUAAAAAAUAACGAUACAAGGGAAAGAAUAUGUACAUCAUGGGAACCAUAUUGUAGCAAAUUCAUCUCAAGUUGCAAGAGCUUAAUGAAAGCUAAUGGUGGAGAGUGUGAAGAGCUUAACAAGGAGUGUAAAUCAUUCAUUGAAAGAAAGGAAUUGGAGGAAAAAGUGAUCGAUGAAUUAAAGGGUAGUUUGAAAACAGAGAAAGAAUGCCAGGAUACACUUAAAAAAUAUUGCGUAGCAUGGAAGAAUGCAACCAAUCAACUUAGAACUUUGUGCACAGGCAAAAAGAAAAAUGGCAAGAAAGAUGAUGUCAAGAAAGAACUUUGCGAAAAAUUGGUAGAACAAGUAAAAAAGCGAUGUCCUGGGUUAAAAAAAGAACUCACAGAGGCCAGUAAAGAGUUGGAGAAAAAAGCUAACAAAUAUGAGGAUAUCAAAAAAGAAGCAAAAGAAGCAAUGGAAAAAGCAA